UCGUAGCUCCUUAUCGGAUCCCUCGGCUCUUCUUCUUCCUUCUCUGCCUUGUCGGCUUUGGUCGUUCAUUCGUUCGAUCAAUCAUGGGGCUUCUUAGCAUCAUAAGGAAGAUUAAGAAGAAAGAGAAGGAGAUGCGAAUCCUCAUGGUGGGACUGGACAACUCCGGGAAGACUACCAUCGUCUUGAAGGUCAAUGGCGAGGACACCAGCGUCAUCAGCCCCACCUUGGGCUUCAAUAUCAAGACCAUCAAGUACCAAAAGUACUCCCUCAACAUAUGGGAUGUUGGCGGUCAGAAAACUAUUAGGUCCUACUGGCGGAACUACUUCGAGCAGACGGAUGGCCUGGUGUGGGUCGUUGAUAGCUCUGAUGUGCGGAGAAUGGAUGAUUGCAGGUCGGAGCUUGAGAAUCUCUUGAAAGAAGAGAGGCUAUCAGGGGCAUCUUUGUUGAUCUUUGCAAAUAAGCAGGAUAUCCAAGGUGCUCUCAAGCCAGCAGAUAUAGUCAAAGUGCUAAAUUUAGAUGCCAUGGACAAAACCAGGCAUUGGCAAAUUGUGGGAUGUAGUGCCUAUACCGGGGAAGGUUUGCUCAGGGGAUUUGAUUGGCUGGUGCAAGAUAUUGCUUCUCGGAUAUAUAUGCUCGACUGAGAAUGAUAUAUGGAUUGUGUUACGAUAUGGCAGGAUAAAAUCUUCGACAAAAUCCCUAUUCUUCAAGCAAUCCUACGUAUGCUCUGAGAGUUGGACCACCGAUAUUUUAAUCAAAGAUGAUGACAUCUUUACAUUUUCUUUUCUUUGAUAUUUGUGCAACAAACUAUGGUGCCAUCAUCAUGACACUUGAGCAAAAUGGCCUUCAGUAUUUUCUUGUAUUUGCUUUGGAGAUGAUAUCAUGAUAAUGAAAGGUUGGUAUUGUGUGUGGUCUUCUUGAAA